AUGGAGCAACCGGGCGGGGAGAUGUACCACGAAGAGGACGAUCGUGGCUAUGAUGACGAAGAACAAGCCGAAAAUGAUGAAAAUUACGACUACGACCAGGACGAAGAGGAAGACCACGACUACGAACACUAUGAAAACCAAGAGUUUGACUACGGCGAAGACGAACAAAAGGCGGUGGGACGAGGGCUCCGUGGCUCUGGCUCUGCCCGAAUGGACUACGCUCUCGACGAAGGCAGCGACAGUUCCAAGAACUUCCAGGAGGAUAGCGCACGCGCGUCCGAUGCUGGUUCGUUUGCGGCAGAAGCGCACGAAGCGGCGGAGAUGAACGCCAGCGGUUCGGACUUCGCAGUGUCCAACGCUGCGUCCGAGGUGAGCGGAAGUCCGCGGCAAGUCCUCACCGAAAACGAGCACCGGUCGGAGUCGCCAGCCUUUAUGAGACUGCACAACACCAACUCAUCCUUCGCCUCGUUUGCCAUGCAUCAAUAUAGUACCAAGAAGCUCACGUCCACCCGUUGAUUGUCUCUUGGCACUGCUUGCGUGUCAUCAAGUACUGGAAACCGAACCAGCGCUGGAAUCGGGCGGUGCUUUGUCGUGCGAAAGCUGCAUACGAUUUUUAUUUUUGCAUUUCCCGGAGCUUGUUGUAUUGCUGUGGUUGCCAUGAGGGCGAGGGGCAGGGGGAGUUGUUGACUCUCAUAGCCUUUCCCGCGGAAACAGACGGCUCCUCGUUCGAAAUCCAGCAUAGCGACUACCAAAAUGAAAAGUGCCCCACCACUAAAAGACUAUACCAGUUUGUGUUGCAAACUUCUCUCGUGGAGACUUUUGCGUGAGGAAACGAACAAGAAAGCCAAACCGACGUACUUAUUUGGAUUCAGCAUCUAAAAAGCCAAAAAUGCAAGUUCAACUUGAAGUAGACAGACGUCACUUAUAUAUAAUGUCGCGGCGCAUUCUUGAUAUUGAAGUACAGACUUUCAUCGCUACUCUGGCUUGAAAGUUUGCCACCCUGAUGCAUGCAAGGUAGCAACUGGUUCCAACAUGACUUGGAGCUUUUGCAUUUACCCCCCCCACAUUUUUUUUUAUGGGCUGAGGGCGGUUUCCAAUAUGAUAGCGCCGGUGGUUGGGUAUCGGACCACCCCGAAAAAAUGGACUCCGACCGGGGGGACAGUGGACUCGACCGAGGCGCGGAUCUCCUGGCACAGCGACCCCACGCCGGUAAAAGCCGAACUAGCGGGACGAGUCCGAGCAUUGGUGUGGCCAGCGAUCCGAUGGGCUCGUUCUCGGACGACCACCAGCCAGACCGCUCCCUGUCCCCGCGACUGCAGCGGUCCGUACGACUGGCGGGACGCGACGCGGACGUACACGACGCCACGAAAUCUCCAGUGGCUGACGAGAUGUUGUUCUUUGGGGCGGGUGAAAGAUCCUUAUCCGCCUCGGCGGUAGAAAAAAAUCACGGUGCACGGCCUGGUAUCAACUACUUUCGCGGUCGUGGUGCUGGCGGCGCGUCGUCGAUGCUGCAACGGAGCGGGCAUCUCUUUGAGUCGAGCAAAGAACAACUCCGCCAAACUGAUCUCCCGACUGUACGACCGGAAACCAGAGACGGCGAUCGUUUCGUUUUUUCCCGGGACGUUUAAGUAGUUCUAGUUGCUGCCUGGGCUGGGCGGGACGGCCGUCGGUCUUUCCAAAACUUGACAUCCGCCUUCGCGCCUUUACCCACCGAUUCUCGUACGAGGCGGAUUUUUGGGCGUGAUGAAAAUGAUGUUGAUGCGCUUCGAAAAGAGUUUGCUUUCUCUCCUGAGUCAAUCUCUGGAAAUGCUUUCAUGUGAUGCAUGCUGGACCGGCGGUUUUGUGGAAGUGAGCCUGAAGCAAAAAUGUGGAACUCUGUGUCUUGCACUGCCCCCCCACGGUUUGUGCGCCCUAUCUCAAUGUCGCAUAAAGCUACUGAUUCAAUAAAGGUCCAUACACCGUGUAUGAAUGUUGAUGUUCAUAGCGAUUGCAUCAGUGAUUCUUUCUUCCAACAAAGAGAC